AUACAACAUACAUAAAGGAAUCUUUCAGCACGAGGGCUGAUUAAAAAAUAUAGCUAGCUAUUACAUCGUCGCCCUGUUCUGGCUUGGGAAUAUGACAGCGUUAAAACAACAGGAAAGGUAACCUUAAGAAAUAUCCAACCAUGUUCUCCCACGGAGAACAUAACAGUUUUGAAUGUACAUGGGAAUCUCUGGUUUCAGUGAUGUGCUAAUAUUUAAAUUUCUACAAAAAAGGGCAUACUGUGCAAAUUAAGGCACAUUUGCUUGCCCCAAACCCCUGAUUCACUUAGUGAUUCAUUUGCCCAAACCCCUGAUUCACUUAGUGAUUCAUUUGCCCAAACCCCUGAUUCACUUAGUGAUUCAUUUGCCCAAACCCCUGAUUCACUUAGUGAUUCAUUUGCCCAAACCCCUGAUUCGCUUAGUGAUGUGUUUUCCCCCUGAUGUUGGUGGUUGCACCAGUUGCUGUGACUCACUGUCUUUGGGAUCAGUAGACUGGACUGUAAAACUGUUACCCCUUUGACACUGUAUCCAGGGGAGGGGGUGGGGAGGUUCUCUGAGGAGUGUGGCUGUCUAAAGGGGCAUGGUGGGGCUGCCAGAGAUCGCACAAUCCCACCUCCCCUAGGACUCAUCUUACCCCAGCAACAGUUGUUUGAGACACGCGUGCUUCAUGUGAAGCUCCUUACACUUUCAAGAGACAUGCAAAACCGUUGUAAUGUGCUUUCUGUCAAAUGCUGGUUGGUGUAAAUGGCACUGAGAGUUAAACUGUCACGGGUCCUUUUGCUGUUUCAGCUGACAGAAAGGGCCAUAGGGCCUGUAAUCAUCUCAGCACUGUAUACAUGCUAAAACAUCAGCAUGGCUGGCAGCUGUUAAAGGAAAAACACAACCACCAAUCGCAGGAGUUUGUCAGAUUUUUUAAAAAUGUAUUUAUUUUUUUGCAUCAAACUAAUUUUUCAGUCAGUUUCCUGUACAAUAUUCAGGCACCCAGGUGACCUUUGUUCCCUGUUGCCUGACAGGAAACAAAAGACUUUCCUUCUCUGCCAAGAAAAUGACAACGAGGAAGUUUUUCAUGUUGACUGAGCUGUUAUAGUGUCUGUUAACCCCCUAAAGGGAGGUACAGAGACGCUAGCAAUUUCUUUUUUUUUCCUCUUCAUGUUUUCCUUCUCCCGCUUUCUUAGAGCGAACUGACCACGGUGUCUCUCCGGGGUGCACACACAGGCAUGGAUGCCAGGCCGUUGUGUUUGGUCAGGAUCGACGGUAUUUAAAUGAAUUUUUCAGAGGCAGCAUGAGGUCCAAAAGCAAUGGCAUGGACAACCCGGCAGACGGGGUCCUCGUGGUGCCCCGUGCCGUACGUGAGCUCGGAGAACCGGAGGCGAGGGAGGUGAAGCUACCCGCCACAGAGAAGGCCAACGUUCAACAGGAAGGAGAGAGGAAGACGUCGGGCACAGAGAAAGAUGACCAAACGCUAGGGCUGAAGGAUCUGUCGAAAGACGACCUUCUGCAGCUCCUGGGAGUGAUGGAGCGUGAGAUCCAGGCACGGGAGGACGUUAUCCGGCUGCUGAGGGCUCGGCUCGGCUGCCCCGAGGUGCUGGAGUCCCAGUACGGCUCUGCGUGCCCCACCAGGCCUCUGCAGGCACUGCAGAGAGACGGGCUACUCCUCAACGGCCACAUCCGCCGUGACAACGUGUACGAGAAACCGAUGGCAGAGUUGGACAGGCUCCAGUACAAGCACAGGGAGACGUACCGGCGCAUGCUCGAACAGCUGCUGCUGGCCGAGAAGUGCCACCGGCGCACCGUGCAUGAGCUGGACACGGAGAAGCGCAAACACGCGGACUACAUGAACAAGAGUGACGACUUCACCAACCUUCUGGAGCAAGAGAGAGAAAGAUUAAAACUGUUGCUGAAGCAGGAAAAAGCCUUCCAGAUACGGAAGGAAAAGGAACAUUCGAAACGACUGGAGAAGGUCCGCAGGGAGCUGAUCAAGCUGAAGACGUUUGCGCUCGUGCUGGUUGACGAACAGCAAUUCCACCUGGAGCAGAUAGAUCAGCAGAGCCAGAAAAUCCAAGAACUUCACCAACAGCUCCAGGAGAAGGAGCAGGAGCUGAGCGGAGCCGAGAGCAAAUCGAAAGAGGAUGGCCAGAAGCUCUUGAGACUUGAGGUGGAGUUGGAGGUUAGAAGUUCCAAGUUUGCCCGAGAGCACGAUGAGAUGACUGCUAAACUUGCCAGCCAAGAGGCCCAGCAUCGACAGCUGUGCCAGAAACAGGGAACUCUGUCACAGACGGUCGAGGAGCUGGAGAGGAAGAACGUCGUUUUGCUCAAAUCUGCCGAAGAGCUCCAGGAACUGAGGGACAAAAUAAGCAAGGGGGAGUGUGGCAACUCGAACCUGAUGGCAGAGCUGGAGAACCUGCGUAAGAGGGUCUUGGAAAUGGAGGGCAAAGACGAGGAGAUCGCCAAAGCUGACAACCAGUGCCGGGAGUUGAAGAAGAAGCUUCAGGCGGAGGGAAUUCACAGCAAGGAACUCAAGCUGGAGGUGGACAAUCUGCAGAAAAGAAUGACUGAGCUAGAGAGGCUGGAGGCAGCCUUCAGUGUGGGCAGGACUGAAUGUGCCCACCUACAGGGCGCUCUGGAGAAGGAACGGACUGUGACGAAAGAACUGGCAGACGAGCUGGUGAUGGUUAAAAUCCGGAUGAAAGAGCUGGAGUCGUCCGAGCUGAAACUGGAGAAAGCAGAGUUGGUUCUGAAGGAGGAGCUGACGAAGCUCAAGUCUGUCGCUGUAAUGAUGGUUAACGAGCACAAGAACAUGGCAGAAAGAGUAAGGUCUGAAGAAAAGAGGAGAGAAGAACUGGACGGAUUGUUUAAAGCAGAACAGGAGAAGGUCACGGAGGUUACCGAGAGGUUGAUAGACGAGAGCAAAAGGUUCCUAAAACUCAAAUCGGAGAUGGAGAGAAAAAUAACUACCUUGAUCAAAGAGAAGGAGGAGCUCAAGGUCAGGCAUCCGGCUGAGGAAGAGGAAUGUAGAGAUUUGAGUUCCAAGAGCCGUACAAGGAAACACAAAAACGAGAAGUCGAGGAACGGAGGGAAUGAAUCUACAAUCAAGGCGUUCUGCAAAGAUGAGGAUGCCCAUUCAAAUUCAAGUAGAAUGGACGAAAAGGAAGCAACAGAACUGAGCGUGGAAGUCGAAAGGUUGAGGAGUCGUCUCAAGCAGCUGGAGGUGGUUGAGGGAGAUCUGAUCAAGACGGAGGACGAGUACGACGUGCUGAAGAAGAGGUUCAAAUGUGAGCAAGAAAAAGCAAAUUCCCUCUCAAGACAGGUCGAGGAAAUGAGGAGUCAGAUUGCCUCGAGCAAGGAGGUGGAGAGGGGAGAGGCAGCUGGUCAGGAGACAGAGUUACGGCGGCGGUGCAGGUCAGAAGAGGCCAGAAACCGAGACCUGCAGGCAGACGUUCAAGCUCUCAAGGAGAAGAUCCAUGAGCUGAUGAACAAGGAGGACCAGCUCUCCCAGCUGCAGGUGGACUAUUCUGUCCUGCAGCGAAAGUUCCUGGAGGAGGAGGACAAGAAGAAGAACAUGAGCAAUGAGGUUCUCGACCUUACCAAAGAACUCGAGAUGACCAAACGGUACAGCCGGGCCCUUAGACCAAGCAGCAAUGGGAGGAGGAUGGUGGACGUUCCUGUGACGUCGACGGGAGUCCAGACUGAUGCAGCCCAAAGUCCGGCAGCCGACGAUGAUGACGACGACACACCUGCUGUGUUCAUCAAAAAAUCUGUGCAAGAAGAGAACCACAUCAUGAGAAGCCUUCGGCAGAGAAGCGUCAAGAAGUCGACUGAGAGACCCACAGUACGCGAACUCUACCCUCCGGCUGCAGCUAGUGACCUUAGUCUGAAGAAAUCCUGGAUUCCUUGGAUACGAAAGAAAGACUGCCAUGUCCAGAGUGCUCCAGAAAGGGCAAAUUCAGAUGGGGAGACUGUACAUUCUGAGAUUAAAUUGACUCAGAAGCAAGGUCAGCCGCUACACGUUAGAGUGACUCCUGACCGCCAGAGUAGCAAAACAACCCUACAGGUCAGCGGCUCUCCUGCAGACAACAUCUUUAAUGGUUCCGUAGCAACACCCUCACAAAGUGCUCAGAAGCCACAGAUACCGAUCAUUCCUUCCACCGUUGUUUCGCCAAAUGAGAGAUCCAGAGAGCCAAGAAGUCUAGAGAGAGCCAAAUCUCCACUGACCAUCACAACUGUCUCAAGAACAAAGUCCCCAGAGAGCAUCAAGACCGCUCCGCCUGCCAGGUGUACGUCGCCCGUGUCCUUCAUGUCUGUCAACACCUCCAUACUUUCAGAUACCUCCAGCUCCCCAGAGCCUCAGGAAAUGAUCACAGACAGGGCGGUGUUUAAAGUGACUCCUGAGAAACGGGUGGUUCCCAUGCCCAUUAAAAAGUGCAACAUCGUCGCCACCGAGGACAAUAAAAUUCACAAUCACUUGGGCCCGCCGUUCAAAAAGGCCUGCGAGAACAGCAGCUCGGCGGUCGCACUCAGACAUGUGGCGGGCGAGAGCAGGGAACUCUCCGUGGGCACAGUCCUACGCUCACCACGCCAAGGCACAGCAUGUAAAGCAGCGGCAAGCAAAGUCAUGAGCAGUAUCACCAUCACACAGGUCAACACCUCGCCGGCCCGGCCAACUCUUUCUGUGCAGCCUGUUGCAGAGACUCAGACAUUCCGAUGCGGACUCACACGCAUCCCCAUGUCUCGGGGCAUGAAAGCGGGGAAGGCCGUGGUCGGAGCACCGGGAAUCUCUGCCGGCGUGAGGACGGAGUCCAAAGCUGAGGGCCAGUCGAUGUGCACAGAGGUGAAGAAACCGUCAGUCAGCGGAAAAGACAGUGGAGUAAAGAGGUCUACACACACUCAAGGAGAAGGUUGUGGUUCGCAAUCAGAACAACGGGAGGGUAACAUCCAGCAGGACAGAAAGACGCCCCUGUAGACAGUGGAGGGGAAAUCACAUCAGAUGAGUUCUUCCUCUACGAACGGUAUACAUAAAAUGGUGCAUACAAAAAUAACUUUAUUGUUCUUUUCUCUCUUUUUUGAAACGGCAAAACAAUCUUUAUACAAGCUUUUUUUUAGUGCUGCAGGAAGGAAUUGUUGUUAUACUUGAUUACCGAAGGUGAGCUUGGCUUUUGUCUGUAAAUCCUCUACGUAUGACUGGUGUUUUCGGUCUGCUGUAGGAGAUGCAUGUCGGAGGAUGCAAUGGUGCUAGUUUUGCGUGCGGUGUGACUAAUGAACUGUGUAAGGCAGUUAAUAAGCCUACAUAGUGUACAUGUGUUGGAUAAGGUUAUUAUUGAUCUCAGGCUUCUUUAAUGUGUGACCACUGUUUUUACUAUUGUUUAUAAGAUGACUUAA